AUGGCCGCAGCCGCGCCGCCGGACCCCCGGCUGCUGCUCGCCCUGCUGCUGCUCCUGCCCCUGCCUUACCCCUUCGCCGCCGCCGGGCCCGGCCUGGGCCGCCGCUUCGCCGAGCGCAAGCGCUGCGCCGACCCCGAGUGCAGCAUGUUAAUGUGCCGAGGGAAGGCAAUGCAGGAUUUUAAAGGUCCAGAUUGUCGCUUUGUAAAUUUUAAGAAGGGAGAAGCGGUUUAUGUAUAUUACAAACUCAUAGGAGAAUCAACCGAGCUUUGGGCUGGAAGUGUUGGAAGCGAUUUUGGAUAUUUUCCAAAGGAUUUACUUGAAAUAAAUCAUAAUUAUUCCAAUGAGGAGCUAGAAUUACCAACAGAUGAAACAGACUUCGUUUGCUUUGAUGGCGGAAGGGAUGAUUUUGAUAAUUACAAUGUGGAUGAGCUUUUGAAGUCAUUGCAAGAGACGAUAGCAAAUGAAGAGGGAACUGAAUCAAGUGAUCCAGGGACAAAUCCAGCUGAAGGAACUGAAAGGGAUGGGGAGAUGGAUCAGGUUGAUUCAGUGAAGUCCUUUGAUUCUUUGGAGACUGACAAUCUUGAGCUAAGAACAGAAGGUGAAGAUGCUCCUUCUAUGAUAGAGGAAUUAGACAGUUCUCUUACAGAAGGAACUGAAAAUACUGGGGGAGACGCCAGUGUCAGUAGUCACAAAGAAAACUCUCAGGGAGAUCAAAUUGCACACGAGCACUUGAAAGGAAUGCUACAUGGGAAACUAAAAGGGCUAGAAAGUGAAAAUACCAAAAACACUAGUAUUCCUCAGGGUGAAACCAGUCAACUUGACAAAGAGAGUGAAGACGUCGAUGCCUACACGCUUUUAAACAGAGAGCUCUCUGUGAACUUGAAAACAAAAUUUGGCUCAACUGCUGAUGCUGUUGUAUCAGAUGAUGAAGUGACUGGCCUUGUUACAUCUCUGGAAGAUGAUUUUAAUGAAGAUUUGAGCAUUAAUGCUCAUGAUGCAGAGAAGGAACCAGACUUUGCAGAUCAGUCUGAUGAAAUUCCUUUGCUGUCUUUUAUGGCAGAGGAAGAAAUUCCAUCCCAGGUGGAUUUAGAUUAUGAAAAUGAUGACAUUGAGUCACAAAAUCAUGAACCUGAUGAAGAUGCAAAAGGUGCUGCAGAGCUAAAUAACCAAAGAGACAGUAAGGAAGAACCGGAUUCAGAUGCAAUUGUUCAUAAGGAUGCCUUCAGUAUGAGCAAGAGUUUGGGUGACAGUAUAAUCAUGGACAGGUCUGAAUCCAAACAAACAGAAGAGAAACAGGAUGAGGUGGUGCUAAUAAGUAAAAGAGAAGCACCAGCAAUAACUCAGCGUGAGGAUCUCUCCACAGAACUCCAUAAAAGGGAACCUGUAGGUACAGGUGAUCUGGGCUCAAAGGGAAAACCAAACAAAACUGAGCAGUUUGAAGAGCAGCUCACAGUUGAUGGAACUGAAUCACAUAGUGAAGAGCUGAAGAGUACAGCUGUGCCUGAUCCUCAUGUUUUGCCUCGUCCAGGAGAGGUUGUGGAGUCCAAAUCAUUUGUUAAAAGCAACAAAGAUGCUUUAAAACCACCUGUUGAUGAUAUCAGCAAAAGUCCAGGAAGAAUGCUACUUGCUCAGACAGAGGAAGAUGAGAAUAGGUUUGAAGAUGACAACUUGGAAGAGGUGUUGGAAAGCAAUUUAAAGCACAAAAAGUUAUGGGAGAAAACAGAGGAGAAAGGAAGAGCUGAGGACAAGUCUUCUAUUGAUGUUCCAGCUAAACCAGUGGAAGAGGUAAAAAAUGCAUCUCAAAGUGACUUAAGAGAUGCUGACUUCUUGGAGGAGCAACUGGAGAAUGGAGCGCCUGCUGUGGAGAAAGAACUUCGAAGACAUAAAGAAGACGUGAAACAAACAGAUGAGACUGAUCAUGAAAAUCAAAAAUCCAUCUCUCUUAACAAAGAACCUGAAAUGAAAAGGAGAAAUAUGAAAGAAACCCCUGCAGGGGAGGGGGAGCCAAGCCAUAGAGGAUCUGUUGAGCAACCUCAGCCAUGGGAAAACGAGACUGAGUAUUCAGAGGCAGGUGUGGAAGAAGAGCUGACAAGAAAACUUGGCAAGACAACAGUACUUGAAGAAAGCAUUGAGAGACGUUCCCCUGAAUCAAACUUAAAAAGCACUGCACAGAAUACUGAUACAGAGACUCUUACUCAGCAAAGAACUGCUCGUACUGGGAACUCAGAUACAGACACAAAUCUUGGCACAAAUUUAGCUAAAGAAAGAACACUGAGAUCAGAAUUGCCAUCUGAAGAGCCAGGUGCUGAAGAUGACCCUGACCUGAAACGAGUAGUGGAAGAGCUAUUAGAAGAUGAGAAUGCUGCAAGUGCAAAGCUGUCACGAGCAAGGGCUGCAAAUGUACAGGGUAAUAUGAUAAAUAUUAAAGGUACAAAUCCUGAAUUACAAGUGCCAAGUGAGGCUGUCUUGGGAACCACGAGCCCUCCUUAUGAAACAGGAGAGGAAAUUAAACCAUUUUCUAUGGAGGCUAAAAAACAUACCAGCAUGCAAGAUAUCAGCAAGAUUGUGAAGGAAGAGGUUGACAUACCAGUGAGUGAAGACGCUAAAUUGGAUGAGAUGGAGCAUGUCAUGGACAAUGAUGAUGAAGUGUUUUUUGAAGCUAAGGAAUCGUCAGCUGGGGAAGAGCAUAAUUUCCCAUCUCCUGACAUAGAAGCCAACAAUGACUUUAACCAAAGGAAAAACCAUCUCCCAGAGGACAUGUCACGGAAAGACUCAGAAAAGAUGCAAAAUUCAGAGCAUACAAGAAAUGACCACCAUCACUCUGUGCAUUUCUACAGCCCUGCUGACAGCUCAGCAGCCCCCAAUGACACUGCAACAGACUUCAGUGAGUCUGUGAAGCGGCUCACAAUAAUGAGAGAUUUUCUUGAUGAGAAGCGCAUAACACGUCUACAAAAGUAUCUUGGGCUCCAGCACGUGGUGAGGAUAGAAGCCAUGUUUCAGGACAUGAAGAUAGAGAUGGAGCUGGCUCAGAAGGCAAGCCAUAAUAAUGAGGAUAUAGAAAAAACUUUGGACCAGAUACUUGAGUUUUCGGAAACAAGCAUUAUGGAUUUUGUAGGAAAAGUUCUGGAUUCCAGAGUGGCAGAAAAUAAAGAGGAGGUGGUGAAAGAGAUGGAUUUGUAUGAUGAGGAGAGUGCACUGAUGGAUGAUAUUCAAGAAUUAAUAUAUUCUUUAAGGAGUAAAUACUCGUCUGCUAGUGAGAGUGUCCCACUUGCAUCUAUUCCAGAACUGGAAGAUGAUCAGCUGCACAUCCAAGAUGAUGCAGAAGAGACUAAAUAUAAUGGAGUUUCCCUCAGAAACCCAAAUGCCAUUGAUGAGAACAAUCAGGAAUUUCAGCAGCUUGAGGAUAAGAGGCCAGAACAGCUUACUAAGGAGAAGGAGGAGAGCGCUGUUAAUGUUCUACCUGAGCAUGAAGAGGCCAACUUCUUAGAAGGAGAAGAAGUUGAAGAAGGGAAUGAUAGUGAAGAAAGGUCGCUGCUGCAAGAUGCUUCCUUUGGGUCAAAUGAUUCAGGAGAGGCUACCAGGGAAGAUAUCACUGCAGACACCGAGGAGCCCACCGGCCUGCCCCUAGGACGCGGGUCGGAGGCGGCCUCCGCCUCACAGGAGGAAGCCGCGUUCGGAGCGGGCCCCGCCGCCAGAGAGCUGCUGCGCCGGCUGGUUGCUACCCUGCCUGAGGAAAUUCGUCCUGGGCCAGAUUUCCAUGGACUUCCAUGGGAGCCUAUUAUUAUCACUGCCUUAGUGGGGAUUGCCACACUUGCUGUAAUUUUCUGGAGAACCUGCCUUUCAGUAAAGAGUAGAAUAUAUCAAGUGACUGAAAAGCAACUUGCUGAAAAGAUAAAAAACCUCCUGCAAGAAAAAACAGAAAUCUUACAAAAGAUAUCAGAAUAUGAUCAAAAGAUAAAGGAAGCAAAGGAAUCUGUGAAGGUAACCCAAGAACAAAAUGAUGUUCUCUCUGAUGAAACUGCAGGGCUUAAGGAUACUGUUAAAGAACUGGAAGAAGCAAAUCGUCAGUUAGAUGACAAAGUAAAAAACUUGCACACAAUGCUUGAAACAGAGAGAAAAAAGAAUGAAAAGAAACAGAACAAGAUCUCGGAAACUCAGAAGUCCUUGGAGAAACUACGAGAGGCUAUCAGUGUACAUUCUGUAGAGCUUUCAGAGGUGCAGAUAGCCCUUAAUGAAGCUAAACUAAGUGAAGAAAAGGUGAAAUCUGAGCUUCAUCUUGUGCAGGAAGAGAAUGCCAGGCUGAAAAAGAGUAAGGAGCAGCUGCUAAAAGAAGCUGAAGGUUGGAGUGAGAGGCAUACUGAGCUCAGUGAGCAGAUCAAACUGUAUCAGAAAUCUCAGAAGGACAUAGAAGAAGCACUUGCCUACAAGGAAAACGAAAUUGAAGUUUUAACUAACUGCAUUAUGCAGCUGAAGCAGCUUGACACAGGUUCAGCAUCUGAAGCCAAGAAGGAUGACGAAGGGCAUGAGUGGAGCACAGGAGAGGACCUGGCCAAUGGAGAGUUGCCAGAUAAUGAGAGUGAGAAGAUGAAGACUCAGAUUAAGCAGAUGAUGGAUGUAUCCAGGGUAAAAACUAUGUUAUCCAUAGUUGAAGAAGACAGAAACCUCCUGCAAUCCAAACUGAGUGAUGAAGUAACAGCAAGACAUGAGCUGGAAGAGCAAAUAAAAAAAUUAGAACAUGACUCCUGUUCGCUCCAGUCGGCCAAAGCUCGGCUAGAAAAUGAAUGCAAAACGCUACAGCAGAAAGUGGAGAUCCUUGGGGAGCUUUACCAGCAGAAGGAGAUGGCACUCCAGAAAAAACUAACUCAGGAAGAGUAUGAGCGUCAGGAGAAGGAGCAGAAGCUGUCUGCUGCUGAUGAAAAGGCAGUGCUGGCCAUCGAGGAAGUGAAAGUUUACAAGCAAAGGAUCCAAGAUAUGGAAGAAGAAUUGCAAAAAACAGAGAGAUCUUACAAAAACCAGAUUGCUGCUCAUGAGAAAAAGGCGCAUGACAAUUGGCUUAUUGCCCGCUCUGCCGAGAGAGCUCUGGCUGAAGAAAAGAGAGAAGCUGCCAACCUGAGGCAGAAAUUAAUAGAGGUAAACCAAAAAAUCGUCAUGCUUCAAAGACCACUAAUUGUAAAGCCAACUCCAGGCAGACCUGACCGUCAGGUCCCACCACGGCGAGGGCCCUUAAGCAGAGAUGGCUCUUUUGGCCCAUCACCUGUGAGUGGAGGAAAUCCAUCACCCACACAGAUGAUCGAAGUUCCUGCCCGGCCCCUUUCUGCUCCUCGCAGGGAAGGCUCAAGAGGUGAAUUUGGUACAGUGGUAGAUGGUCCCCCUCCUCCACGAAGGCCACCAGAGUUGGCUGGAAGGAUGUCUGUUCCGGACCUUGGGCCUGCUGUAGCGUCCCUCAUCAGCAGUGGGCCAAGAACCUCCUCCCCUUCCUCAGCAAUGGAUGGAUUGCAACCCUCUCCCAAAGAGUCUGAAGCCCCCUGGGCAGCUGCUGAUUCACCUUCAUCUCUUGAACCAGCUACAGCUAAUGCCAGUACCAAAGGCCCACCUUCUUUCCCUGCAACACCUAUCAUGACCUCGCCAGUGAUGGGACCUCCACCUCCACCGCCUGUUCGCUACGGACCGCCGCCGGGUCCUCUCCGUGGGCACUUUGGGCCUCGCCCUCUCCCUGUGCCCUUAGUUCGUGGUGCUCCCUUGCCACCUCCAGCUGCAAGAGAUUUCUUACCUGGCCCACCCUUAGGGAUGAGAGAUCUGCCUCCUGGCCCACUCCCGCCGCCUCCAGACCCCAGGGGCUACGGACGUGGGCACCCUCCUUUUCGACCCCUAGGUCCUCCUGGCCCCAGAGAUUAUCCUCCAGGCCCACGGCUCCCCCCGCCUGGCUCCAGAGACUAUGCACCUUCUCCCAGCAGAGACUUGCCUCCCUCGGGAGCCAGGGACUGCCCUGCAGCCCCAAAGGACUACGCACAGCCCCCAGCGCAGAACCCCUGACGCAGUGCCCGGGCAGCAGCUCAGCAGAAUGGGACUCGGAGCGCACUUCCUGCAGUCAGGAUUUUAGGAAAUGGCUCUCUGGUCAAGGCCAUUUGUCUCAUUUCAGUAUAUUUUGGCUUUUGCAGGAUUAAUUUUUAUCCAGUUGCUACAGACAUGUGCAUUUAUGAUCACCUUAAACUCAUCCAUCCUCUUGGCCUGCAAGAACCUUUUUGUGAUGGACUUGAACCUUCUCUAAACGUGCAAUAGAAAGGAAGUACCUGUGUGGCUAGUUUUAAUUAAAUGUAGCCUCUGUAACCAGUUGGUGAAUGAACUAAUUCUGUGACAAAAUGUAAAUCAAAUCAUUUCCUGUGGAAAUAAUUUUGUAAGUAAAAUGCUCUCCUACCUGCCUCCUCCACCACAUCAUUGAGCUGCAGCUGGUGUAGGCCAGGGGUUUACAUCACGACUGUGAGGUCUCUUGGGGCUCUUCUUAAGAGGAAACAACCGAUGCCUGCUCUGAGCUCAGAAGCACAGAUGACACUGUAUGCAAAGGAAGGUCAUAAUAAAAAGCAAAAUUCCUUUUGCUAAACCCUGAA